AUGGCAGCUGAUGCAGCUACAAAAAAAGAACUGCAGCAUCCAAUCACCGGAGAGUGCGAGCCGUGCGUGUGCGUCUCAUGCGUGUGCGUGUCAUGCGAGUGCGAGCCGCGAGUGUGCGUGUCCUGCGUGUGCGUGUCAUGCGUGUGCGUGUCAUGCGUGUGCGUGUCAUGCGUGUGCGUCUCAUGCGUGUGCGUGUCAUGCCUGUGCGUCUCAUGCGUGUGCGUGCCAUGCCUGUGCGUCUCAUGCGUGUGCGUGUCAUGCCUGUGCAUGCGUGUGCGUGUCAUGCGUGUGCGUGUCAUGCGUGUGCGUGUCAUGCGUGUGCGUGUCAUGCGUGUGCGUGUCGUGCGUGUGCGUGUCAUGCUUAGUGACUGGCAUGCUUCUGUCUUCAGUGUGAGUGCUGCCUACAGUGUCACUGCUGCCUACAGUGUCACUGCUGCCUACAGUGUUACUGCUGCUUACAGUGUCACUGCUGCCUACAGUGUUACUGCUGCUUACAGUGUCACUGCUGCCUACAGUGUUACUGCCGCCUACAGUGUCACUGCUGCCUACAGUGUCACUGCUGCCUACAGUGUCACUGCUGCCUAG